AUGAAGAUCUCACUCGCUUCUCUAGCGGCCAUGGUGCCCUUCGCCUCCGCUCACUACUUCUUCGAUGUUCUCGUUAUCGACGGCAAGGAGACGAACAGCAUGCAAUACGUCCGCUCCAACACCCGCGAUGCAAAGUACAACCCAACGAAAUGGGACAACAUCCGUGACGAUAUGACUCCCGACAAGCUCGACUUCCGCUGCAACAAAGGCGCAUUCACAUUCGCCGGCCAGACCGGAACCGCCGAGGUCAAGGCUGGGUCUAAGCUCGCAAUGAAACUCGCCGUUGGUGCCACAAUGCAGCAUCCAGGCCCUGCCCUCGUCUACAUGUCCAAGGCUCCGACCACGGCGGACACGUAUGAGGGUGAUGGGGAGUGGUUCAAGAUCUUCGAGGAAAGCGUGUGCAACAAGGAAGGAGAUUUCACACGUGACGCUUGGUGCACCUGGGACAAGGACCGCAUCGAGUUCACCAUUCCCGCUGACCUUCCUGAUGGAGAGUAUCUCAUUCGUCCCGAGCACAUCGGUGUCCACGGUGCCCAUGUCGGCCAGGCAGAGUUUUACUACACCUGCGCUCAAGUCAAAGUCACUGGCGGUGGCAGCGGUGUUCCCGGUCCAACGGUCAAGUUCCCUGGUGCGUACAAGAAGGAUGACCCGUCCUUCAACUUCAGCAUCUAUGGCGGCUUCAAAGAGUACCCAAUGCCCGGCCCGGCCGUAUGGACCAGCGGUGGCAGUGGAAGUGGCAGCGACAACACCACUCCUGUUACGGACAACACCACUGUCCCCGAUGAGGCCCAACCCACAGAGGCUGGCUGCACUAGCCGUAGGCGUGCGCGUCGUGGCUUGAAGAGUCGUCGCCACAUGCAUUGA